UCCUCCUCCUCUUCCUUCAGUGCUGAGGAGCCAGAGUCGCCGCUGGGUUGCCAGACGCUGGAAUGGGUGGUCUCCCGAUACGCACCACCAUCUUUUUUGCACUCAGAGAGCUCGGGACUCAGCAGCUCCCAGAGGCUGCGGCAGCGGCGCGGGCGAGGCGGGAAUAGGAAAGUCAAGAGGCUGAAUUCUGAAGAAUGUUUCCGAAGUGUAAUCUGGCUGUCACUGGCUGGGUAUGGAGGAGCAUGAGGAAGCUAUUUCUGUUACUUUCUCUCUUGCUGUCCCAUGCGGCUCAUUUGGAAGGCAAAAAGGAUAAUCAGUUCAUCUGGAAACCAGGCCCCUGGGGAAGGUGUACCGGAAACUGUGGGCCCGGCGGAAGCCAGAGCCGUGGCCUGUGGUGCUUCCACUCUGAGGGGUGGACGGGCCACCCGUCUGACUGUGAUGAGCACAACAGACCUCCGAAGGAAAGAAGCUGCUUCCGCGUCUGUGACUGGCACAGAGGCCUCUUCCAGUGGGAGGUUUCCGACUGGCACCCCUGUGUACUGGCUCCGCCAGCCCCGGGCCUCGCCGGGCCCCGGGCCGCAGAGUGUGUGACCGCCCAGCACGGGUUGCAGCAUCGGGCGGUGCGCUGUGUUCAGAAGCUGAACAGAACCAUGGUUGUGAAUGAGAUAUGUGAACACUUUGCCCCUCAGCCCCCCACGGAACAAGCGUGCCUCAUCCCUUGCCCGCGGGAUUGUGUGGUGUCUGAGUUCUCGCCGUGGUCUGCGUGUAGCAGUGGGUGUGGGAGGCAGUUACAGCACAGAACUCGGUCAGCCAUCGCCCCCCCUCUCUAUGGAGGGUCUCAGUGUCCUAACUUGACUGAGUCAAGAGCCUGUGAUGCUCCCAUUUCUUGUCCUCUUGGCGCAGAGGAAUAUACGUUUAGCCUUAAAGUUGGACCAUGGAGUAAAUGUAGACUGCCUCAUCUCAAAGAACUCAACCUAAGUGGAAAAACCGUUCUGGAUUUUAGCUCCGAGUCGAAGGAGUUGGUCACUUUCAGACAUCACACUUACAAGGUGCAUCACCAUUCCAAGUCCUGGGACAUAGAGAUAGGUUAUCAAACCCGCCAGGUUUGGUGUACAAGGAGUGACGGAAGAAAUGCUGUGUUAAGCCUUUGCAUGCAAGAUUCCUUCCCUUUGACUGUCCAGUCCUGCAUCAUGCCGAAAGACUGUGAAACCACUGAGUGGUCUUCCUGGAGCCCCUGCUCUAAGACCUGUCGUUCAGGGAGUCUCUCGCCAGGAUUUAGGAGCAGGAGCCGCGAUGUGAAGCACGUUGCUCUUGGAGGUGGGAAGGAUUGCCCUGAACUUCUCAAGAAAGAAGCCUGCAUUGUCGAAGGGGAGCUUCUGCACUUAUGUCCCAGGUAUUCCUGGAAGACCUCUGAAUGGAAAGAAUGCCAAGUCUCUCUCCUCGAGCAGCAGUCCCUCCACUGGCAUGAGACGGGACCCAUUUGUGGAGGUGGGAUCCAGACCCGAGAGGUGUUCUGUGCCCAGAGCACACCAGCGUCCACAGCACAGAGGGCCAAGGAAGUCUCUAGACCUGUGGCAAAGACAUUAUGUUUGGGACCUGCCCCUUCGGCCUCUCAGCUCUGCAAUAUCCCUUGCUCUACAGACUGUAUAAUUUCUUCCUGGUCGGCCUGGGGCCUGUGCGUCCAUGAAAACUGCCGUGAUCCUCAGGGGAGAAGAGGUUUUAGAAUGAGACAGCGCCAUGUCCUUGUGGAAUCAACGGGGCCUGUGGGCCGUUGCCCUCACUUGGUGGAAUCUGUUCCUUGUGAGGAUCCUGUGUGUUAUCAGUGGCUGACGUCGGAAGGGAUCUGUAUCCCUGACCAUGGCAAGUGUGGCCCCGGACAUCGCAUCCUGAAGGCUGUCUGCCAGAAUGAGCAAGGAGAAGAGGUAUCAGGGAGUCUCUGCCCAGCAUCUCCACCUCCUGAACAGAUGGACUGUGAAAUUCCCUGCCGGAUGGAUUGUGUGGUGAGCGAGUGGACAGAGUGGUCAUCCUGCUCUCAGUCUUGUUCAAAUAAAAACUCAGAUGGGAAACAGACCAGGUCAAGGACUAUCCUGGCAUUGGCUGGAGAAGGUGGAAAACCAUGCCCUCCUAGUCAGGCCCUCCAAGAGCAUCGCUCAUGCAACGACCAUUCAUGCAUGCAGCUCUACUGGGAGACAUCACCUUGGGGCCCCUGUUCUGAAGACACAUUAGUAACUGCCCUUAAUGCAACCAUUGGCUGGAAUGGAGAAGCUACAUGUGGUGUGGGCAUUCAGACACGGAGAGUCUUCUGUGUCAAGAGUCACGUGGGACAAGUGAUGACAAAAAGAUGCCCGGAAUCUACUCGGCCAGAAACUGUACGUGCUUGUCUGCUCCCGUGCAAAAAAGACUGUCUUGUGACCGCUUUCAGCGAGUGGACUCCCUGCCCAGGGCUGUGCCCACCAGGAAAUGCUACAAUAAAGCAGUCUCGAUAUAGGAUUAUCAUCCAAGAAGCAGCCAACGGAGGCCAAGAAUGCCCAGAUACCUUAUUUGAAGAGCGAGAGUGUGAAGAUGUGUCAUUGUGCUCCACGUAUCGAUGGAGGCCACAGAAAUGGAGCCCCUGUAUCCUAGUGCCAGAGUCUGUCAGGCAGGGAGUAAUGGGUACCAGUGAAGCCUGCGGAAAGGGAGUGCAAACAAGAGCUGUCUCAUGCAUCUCUGAUAAUAACCAGUCAGCAGAAAUGACGGAAUGCCUCAAGCAGAUAAAUGGCAUGCCUCCCCUCGUGCAAGAAUGUACAGUUCCAUGUCGCGAUGACUGCACCUUCACCGCUUGGUCCAAGUUUACACCCUGCUCCACGAAUUGUGAAACAACUCGAAGUAGAAGGCGACAGCUCACAGGGAAAAGCAGAAAGAAGGAGAAAUGCCAGGAUGCUGACUUGUACCCUCUAGUGGAAACAGAACCAUGUCCUUGUGAUGUGUUUACAUCUCAUCCUUAUGGAAAUUGGUCAGAUUGCAUCCUUCCUGAAAGCAGAAAGGAGCCUCACAGAGGACUGCGGAUACAAGCAGGCGCCACAGAAUGUGGAGAAGGCAUGCGCUUUCGAGCAAUAGCCUGCUCUGAUAAAAAUGGAAGACCUGUUGACCCUGUCCACUGCAACAGUUCUGGCUAUAUUCAAGAAGAAUGUGUCAUUCCUUGCCCAUUUGAUUGCAAGUUAAGUGACUGGUCAAGUUGGGGGUCUUGCAGUUCAUCUUGUGGGAUUGGAGUGAGAAUUCGAUCGAAAUGGCUGAAAGAAAAACCAUACAAUGGAGGUCGCCCGUGUCCCAAAUUGGAUCUCAAGAAUCAGGUGCAUGAGGCAGUCCCAUGUUACAGUGAGUGCAAUCAGUAUUCCUGGGUUGUAGAGCACUGGUCUCCAUGCAAAAUCCACAAUGAGCUGAGGUCCCUGCGCUGUGGAGGAGGAACGCAAUCUAGGAAAAUCAGGUGCAUGAAUGCUGCUGAUGGUGAAGGGGGAGCUGUGGAUAACAGCCUGUGCAACCAGGAUGAGAUUCCCCCAGAAACCCAGUCCUGCUCUCUUCUGUGUCCCAACGAAUGUGUCAUGUCUGAGUGGGGACCUUGGAGCACGUGCCCACAGUCGUGUGAUCCUCACACAACGCAGAGAAGAACCCGUCACCUGCUGAGGCCCUCCGUGAGCUCGAGGACGUGUGCUGAAGACUCACAGGUGCGGCCCUGCCUUCUCAAUGAAAAUUGCUUCCAGUUCCAGUACAAUCUAACAGAGUGGAGUACAUGCCAGCUGAGUGAAAAUGCAACCUGUGGGCAAGGCUUCAGGACCCGCCUUCUGAGCUGUGUGCGCAGUGAUGGCAAACCCGUUGCCAUGGACGAAUGCGAGCAGCGUAACUUGGAGAAGCCGCAGAGGAUGAACCGUCACUGCCUGGUGGAGUGUGUGGUCAACUGUCAGUUGUCGGGAUGGACAGCUUGGACAGAGUGCUCACAGACUUGUGGCCUCAGAGGUCAGAGGAGCCGGACUCGAUUUAUCCUUAUGCCAACCCAAGGAGAAGGCCGGCCAUGUCCCACAGAGCUUACCCAGCACAAAACCUGCCCCAUGACCCCCUGCUACAGCUGGGUCCUCAGCAACUGGUCUGCAUGUAAAUUGGAGGGUGGAGACUGUGGGGAAGGAGUCCAGGCCCGCAGCCUCUCCUGUGUGGUCCACAACGGUUCAAUAUCUCCCUGGACUGUACGUGUAGACAAUGCACUGUGUGGAGAGAUGCCCUUUCAAGACAGCAUCUUGAAACAGCCAUGUUCAGUGCCUUGCCCGGGAGACUGCCAUUUAACAGAAUGGUCAGCGUGGAGCACGUGUGAGCUGACCUGCAUUGAUGGAAGAAGCUUCGAGACUCUGGGUCGCCAAUCUAGGUCAAGGACAUUUAUAAUUCAGUCUUUUGAGAACCAAGACAGCUGCCCCCAGCAGGUUCUAGAAACACGCCCUUGUACAGGAGGUAAAUGUUAUCACUACACAUGGAAAGCAAGUCUUUGGAACAAUAAUGAACGAACUGUGUGGUGCCAACGUUCAGAUGGCAUUAACGUCACAGGAGGCUGCUCCCCUCAGGCACGCCCUGCUGCUAUUCGGCAGUGUAACCCAGCUUGCAGAAAACCUUUCUCCUACUGCACACAGGGUGGAGUGUGUGGUUGUGAGAAAGGCUAUACAGAGAUCAUGAGAUCAAAUGGUCUCCUGGAUUACUGCAUGAAGGUGCCAGGCUCAGAGGAUAAAAAAGCUGAUGUGAAAAACCUUGCUGGGAAAAACAGACCUGUGAAUUCAAAAAUACAUGAUAUUUUUAAAGGAUGGUCUCUCCAGCCCCUUGAUCCAGAUGGCCGAGUGAAAAUUUGGGUUUAUGGCGUUUCAGGUGGUGGUUUUCUUAUCAUGAUUUUCCUAGUAUUUACUUCCUACCUUGUUUGCAAGAAGCCAAAACCACAUCAAAGCACACCUCCCCAACAGAAGCCUCUGACCUUAGCCUACGAUGGAGACUUAGACAUGUAACCUGAAAAAAGAAAUCCAAAUGUAGACAUCAACUGCCUUAACCGCUUUCUAUUUUGUAGCUCUCAGACUUCUCAGUUUUUUGAGGAAUCUCAUGGUGUGAUAUACUGGGCAGAAUACAAAUACUGCGAAAGUAAUAUUGCCUCAACUUCAUUUGGACAUGGAGUCAAGGACUAUUAGGUCUGCCAUUUUGCUUUCCAGUUGUUUGUGGGUGUGAGUGUUUAAUGUUUUUGAUUUUCCCAAGGGACCUGAAAACCCUUCUCUUCCUGUUUGAAAAUGGGAGGAAGAAAACAUGAUGGAAUUCCCACAGACUUAAGUAAAUUUUAUCCUCAGCAGCAUGAUGACAAUCCAGAGGCCAAGGCUUUUACUGUAAAUGAUCAGUCUGACACCACAUUCUUAUGCACUAUAUUAGUGCAAAUCCUUAUUCUUCCCAUACUUCAACACUGAGUUUUCUAGAAUUUACAUUGGUUCAAAGACUUUCAAAUUGGAUUGCCUAUUUUCAUGAACACAGAGAGAAUGGGUUACCAUUUCAGAAAUUCUGAGUUUUUACCUUUACAGAUUGUAUUUUGUUUUGUAGUCAGGAGGAUGAUGGCACUUCAUGGGUUGCAUCUAUUGAAAUCAAAUGAAAUGUGUGUAAUUGCUGGACUAGAUGAAAGCUAGGUGGUUUUGAAUGAAAUGUGUAUUGAAUGUUAGGGUGUACAAAUGAAACCAGAGGUUAUAUUGGAAAAAAGAGGUAAAUUAUUUAAUUACUAAAACUGUAUUUUAACAAAAACCUUACCAUGUAGAUAUAGCAUUAGCCACACACAGUUGUAAUUCAGUUUAAUGAUGACAAACUCUGCUUUUGUAAUUUCAAUUUUCUUAUCUGAAUAUUUAUAAAUUCUUUUUUUGAAUUUAAUUAUCUGACCUCAUUUAAUAUACAUCGAACACCGAUCCUGUUUGUAGCAAGUCUUGCUUUUAUAAGGUUUCAAUAAUAUCUAAAACAACACAUGAAAGAGCUGAAACCGUUUUAUGAAGAUGAAUGUUUGUAAUCGUAGAUGUUGAGAAGUAAGAAGGUGCCAUCUUGUGGUAUUGACUUGUAUUUAUAACAAAUAAAGUGUUCAAGAGCCUGAAAUGUUGACUGCUGUAGACUUAUUCCCUGCUGAAGAGCCCAUGAUUUGACAAAGACAGCUUUAAUA